CGUUGACGUUUAAUUUCUUUCUCACCUUCUGUUUUUAUUUUAACCCUAAAAACCAAAAACCCUAAACAUUCCUCCGCUACCCAACAGAUCAAUUCGUUGAGGGCUCCCCGCUCUUCAUUUUCUUUACUCUCAGCUGAAAUAUCUGCUUGUUUGACUUCGUCUCUUUUUUUUUCCUGAAAGCAGAAGCCCCGAUCCCAUCUUCAACUCCAAAAAUGUCGGGAGAAGAGGUUGCCGUUGCCCAACCAGAGGCACCCGCUACUCUUGGUGAGCCAAUGGACAUCAACACAGCCUUGCCUCUUGUGGUGAGGAAGUCCCAAGCUCAUGGUGGGCUUGCUCGUGGCUUACAUGAAGCUGCCAAGGCAAUUGAAAAGCACAAUGCACAUCUUUGUGUUUUGGCCAAUGACUGUGACCAACCUGAUUAUGUUAAGCUGGUCAAGGCACUCUGCGCUGACCAUAAUGUUAAGGUGCUACGUGCACCUAGUGCAAAAGCUCUUGGCGAGUGGGCUGGUUUGUGUAAGAUAGAUUCUGAAGGGAAAGCACGGAAAGUAGUUGGUUGCUCUUGCGUAGUUGUGAAGGAUUACGGUGAACAACACGAGGGUGUCGAAGUUGUUCAGCAGCACAAGGAUUAAGUAAAGAGGAUGGUUUCUUUGGUAGAAUCAGAGUUUAAUUUUGGCCAUUCAUGAUAUUUGCUUAAGUAAUUUUGUUUUUUCAAAGGCAGAACUGCUUGGUGUUUCUUAUGUAUGCUACCUUUCUCAUUUUAAAUUACUGGCAAACCAUUUGGAAAUCCAACAA